AUGGAAAGUUCUGAAAGAGCUGAUGAGAUGCAAGAAAACUAUCAGAAAAAUGAGAAGUUGCAAGAACCACCCCAAGUAAGAAAGCAAGUCGUUGGUCCUAUUGAGAUAUUUCGCUUUGCUGAUGGACUGGACAUCACACUCAUGAUUUUAGGGUUACUGGCAUCACUUAUAAAUGGAGCCUGUCUGCCUGUAAUGUCACUGAUUUUAGGAGAAAUGAGUGAUAACCUUAUCGGUGGAUGUCUAGUCAAAGUUAACACAACAAACUAUCGGAACUGUACUCAGUCUCAAGAGAAGCUGGAUAAAGAUAUAAUUACGUUGACCCUUUACUAUGUUGGAGUAGGUGUUACAGCUUUGGUUUUUGGCUACAUGCAGAUUUCUUUUUGGGUUAUGACUGCAGCACGACAGACCAAGAGAAUUCGAAAACAGUUUUUUCAUUCAAUUUUGGCACAGGACAUCAGCUGGUUUGACAGAUGUGACAUUGGUGAACUUAACACUCGCAUGACGGAUGAUAUCAGCAAAAUCAAUGAUGGUAUUGGAGACAAGAUUGCUCUGUUGUUUCAAAACAUAUCUACUUUUUCUAUUGGCUUGGCGAUUGGUUUGGUGAAAGGCUGGAAACUCACCCUGGUGACUCUCUCCACAUCUCCUCUUAUAAUUGCUUCAGCAGCCAUGUUUUCUAGGAUAAUCAUCUCAUUGACUGGUAAAGAAUUAAAUGCAUAUUCCAAAGCUGGAGCUGUAGCAGAAGAAGUCUUGUCAUCAAUCAGAACAGUCAUAGCCUUUGGCGCUCAGGAAAAAGAAAUUCAAAGGUAUACACAGAAUCUAAAAGAUGCAAAGGAUGUUGGCAUAAAAAAGACUGUAGCUUCAAAACUCUCUCUUGGUGCUGUGUAUUUCUUUAUGAAUGGAACUUAUGGACUUGCUUUUUGGUAUGGAACCUCCUUAAUUCUUAGCGGAGAAGCUGGGUAUACCAUCGGGACUGUUCUUGCUGUUUUCUUUAGUGUAAUCCACAGUAGCUAUUGCAUUGGAGCAGCAGCCCCCAAUUUUGAAACCUUCACUAUCGCCCGAGGAGCUGCCUAUAGUAUCUUCCAGGUUAUUGAUAAGAAACCUACUAUAGAUAACUUUUCAACCAUGGGGUAUAAACCUGAAUGCAUAGAAGGAACAGUGGAAUUUAAAAAUGUUUCUUUUAGUUAUCCAUCAAGACCAACUAUCAAGAUUCUGAAAGGUUUGAAUCUUAAAAUUAAGUCUGGAGAAACCGUAGCCUUGGUUGGUCCCAAUGGCAGUGGGAAGAGUACAGCAGUCCAACUUCUACAGAGGCUGUAUGAUCCAGAUGAAGGCUGUGUCACUAUAGAUGGGACAGAUAUCAGAUCUUUAAAUGUACAGCAUUAUCGAGAACAUAUUGGAGUCGUCAGCCAAGAGCCUGUUUUAUUUGGGACCACCAUUACCAACAAUAUUAAAUAUGGACGAGAUGGUGUAACCAAUGAAGAGAUUGAGAGAGCAGCAAAAGAAGCAAAUGCUUAUGAAUUUAUAAUGGAAUUCCCAAAUAAAUUUAAUACCUUGGUUGGGGAAAAAGGAGUUCAAAUGAGUGGAGGACAGAAGCAAAGAAUCGCAAUUGCUAGAGCUUUAGUUCGGAACCCCAAGAUUCUGAUCUUAGAUGAAGCUACAUCUGCCCUAGAUACAGAAAGUGAAUCACUUGUUCAAGCAGCAUUGGAGAAGGCAAGCAAAGGUCGAACUACAAUUGUGGUUGCACACAGACUUUCCACUAUUCGAAGUGCAGAUCUUAUUGUGACCAUAAAAGAUGGAAUGGUAGUAGAAAAAGGAACUCAUGCUGACUUAAUGGCAAAACAAGGUCUAUAUUAUUCACUUGCAAUGUCACAGGACAUUAAAAAAGCUGAUGAACAGAUGGAAUCAAUGACAUAUCCUACUGAAAAAAAUGACAGCUCAGUUCCUCUGUGCUCUAUGAAUAGCAUCAAGAAAGACUUUUCUGUCAAGUCUGAGGAAUUCAUCCAGUAUAAAAAGAUGUUUGAAAAUGAUGAUAAAAAUACAUUAAAGCAUGAUGCACAAAUUUAUUCCAUGAUAUUUGUGAUUUUGGGUGUUAUUUGCUUUGUCAGUUAUUUCAUUCAGGGAUUGUUUUAUGGCAGAGCAGGGGAAAUUUUAACCAUGAGAUUGAGACACUUGGCAUUUAAGGCCAUGUUAUAUCAAGACAUUUCCUGGUUUGAUGAUAAAGAAAACAGCACAGGAGCCUUGACAACAAUACUAGCCACAGACAUAGCACAAAUUCAAGGAGCAACAGGUUCAAGGAUUGGUGUCUUAACACAAAAUGCAACUAACAUGGGACUGUCAGUUAUCAUUUCCUUCAUAUAUGGAUGGGAGAUGACACUCCUGAUUCUAAGUAUUGCUCCAGUACUUGCACUGACAGGAAUGAUUGAAACUGCAGCAAUGACUGGAUUUGCCAACAAGGAUAAACAAGAAUUUCAGCGUGCUGGAAAGAUAGCAAUUGAAACUGUGGAGAAUAUACGGACUAUAGUGUCAUUAACAAGAGAAAAAGCCUUUGAACAAACAUAUGAAGAAACUCUUCAGACUCAGCACAGAAAUACUUUGAAGAAAGCACAGAUCAUUGGAGGCUGUUAUGCAAUCAGCCAUGCCUUUGUAUACUUUGCCUAUGCAGCAGGAUUCCGGUUUGGAGCCUAUUUAAUUCAAGCUGGACGAAUGACCCCGGAGGGCAUGUUCAUAGUUUUUACUGCAAUUGCAUAUGGAGCUAUGGCCAUGGGAGAAGCACUUGUUUUGGCACCUGAAUAUUCCAAAGCCAAAUCCGGGGCUGCACACUUGUUUGCUUUAUUGGAAAAGAAACCAACUAUAGAAAGCUAUAGUCAAGAAGGAAAAAAAACAGACGCAUGUGAAGGGAAUAUAGAGUUUCGAGAGGUCUCUUUCUUCUAUCCAUGUCGCCCAAAUGUUUUCAUCCUUCGUGACUUAUCCCUCUGUAUUGAGAAGGGGAAAACAGUAGCAUUUGUUGGCAGCAGUGGCUGUGGAAAAAGCACUUCUAUCCAACUUCUGCAAAGAUUUUAUGACCCUGUAAAAGGACAAGUGCUGUUCGAUGGUGUGGAUGCAAAAGAACUGAACAUACAGUGGCUCCGUUCCCAAAUAGCAAUCGUUUCUCAAGAGCCUGUACUUUUCAACUGUAGCAUUGCUGAGAACAUUGCCUAUGGUGAUAACAGCCGUGUUGUGCCAUUAGAUGAGAUCAAAGAAGUAGCAAAUGCAGCAAAUAUCCAUUCUUUUAUUGAGGGUCUCCCUGAGAAAUAUAACACACAAGUUGGACUGAAAGGAACACAGCUUUCUGGUGGCCAGAAACAAAGACUAGCUAUUGCAAGGGCUCUUCUCCGAAAACCAAAAAUUUUAUUGUUGGAUGAGGCCACUUCAGCCCUUGAUAAUGAGAGUGAAAAGGUGGUUCAGCAAGCCCUUCAUAAGGCCAGUAAAGGAAGGACGUGCCUAGUGGUCGCUCACAGACUCUCUACAGUACAGAAUGCAGAUUUGAUAGUAGUUCUGCACAAUGGAAAAAUAAAGGAGCAGGGCACUCAUCAAGAGCUCCUAAGAAAUCGCGACAUAUACUUUAAAUUAGUAAAUGCACAGUCAGUGCAAUGA